CUAGCGUUCGUCUUCAGCUCUGUGGUCUACGGCACCAGCUACCGGUCCAUGAGCUCCAUGGCAAAGCCGUCUUUCACAGACGAUGGCAGCCUUGCCGACGGGGGAAUUGACCUGAACAUGGAGCAGGGGAUGGCAGAGCACCUCAAGGAUGUCAUCCUGCUGACAGCUAUAGUCCAAGUGCUGAGCUGCUUCUCGCUCUACAUCUGGUACUUCUGGCUCUUGGCUCCGGGCCGCGCUCUCUACCUUCUAUGGGUGAACAUCUUGGGGCCCUGGUUUGCAGCUGACUCUUCGCCCGUCGGUCAGGAACCAAACGAGAAGAAGCAACGCCGACAAGAACGCCGCCAGAUGAAGCGCUUCUAG